UUAAAUUUGAAUUCUCGCGGCGGUGCUCUAGACUUCCCCUCCCUCCUGAGGGGCUUUCACAUCGCGGGCUGUAGUGUACCCCUCCAGCCGGAGGGGAGUGUCCCGCCUUCAGGAGGUGUUUGAUUAGAGAGUGUUUGCUGCUGCGAUUCAGGGCCUGGACCCCUCACUCCAACAACAACCACUAAAAAGCUGCACUGUUAACAACCAGGGGGUGGACACAGUUAAACAUCACACACCAGGUUGAUUGCCAGACGAUGCAAAGAGCUUCGAGGUUAAAGAAAGAAAUGCAGUUCUUGGCAACUCAGCCCCCGCCUGGAGUCUCAUGUUGGCAAAAUAAUGACCAGAUGGAUGAUUUACGAGCCCAGAUUUUGGGAAGUGUCAAUUCACCCUAUGAAGGAGGAAUAUUUAAUCUUGAAAUUAUUGUUCCUGAAAGAUAUCCAUUUGAGCCUCCAAAAAUUCGGUUUCUGACCCCUAUCUACCAUCCUAAUAUUGAUACUGCGGGAAGGAUCUGCCUAGAUAUCUUGAAGCUGCCUCCGAAGGGUGCCUGGAAGCCAUCUCUUAAUCUCUCUACUGUGUUAACCUCCAUUCACUUAUUGAUGUCAGAACCUAAUCCAGAUGAUCCUCUCAUGGCUGAUAUUUCAUCUGAAUUCAAAUACAACAGACAGUCUUUUUUAGAAAAUGCAAAACAAUGGACAUUAAAGUAUGCAACACAAUCAAAAAAAGAUGAGAUUUCCAGCUGCAUGAAAGAGAAUCAGAGCCAGGUUGAAGAUGAGAAUCGGAGCCAGGUUAUGAAUAAGGAUAUACCAGUAUCUAGAAAGAGAUCUGCCUGUGAUUCUGAAAAUGCUAAGAAAUUUUGUUUAUAAAUAAUGUGGUACUUUCUAUUUGUAUUUUGAUAUCUUUUAAUUUUUUUUAACUACCCUGUAAAUGUGUUGCUUACAUGGUUUAGUAAAUUUAGCUUUUGACAAUGACAGUAAAUUGCCAAUAAAUGAUAAAGAAAACAGAUGAGUAAAUUUUUCUCUGUAGAUGCUGCUCAAUAUUUCCAGUACUUUGUUUUGAUUUCAUGUUGUCAGUCUCUGUAAUAUGCUGUUUUAGGACUGGGUUGAAUAAAUCCAGAUCAGGUGCAUGGGCCAAAUUGCUUUCAUUAGUGCUACAAAUUUCUGAUUUCUGUCUAGGUGCCUUUUUUCCCCACCUAAUUUAAUGAAGAAAAGUGUGGGGAAGAGUUGGGGGUUUGCUACUUUGGGUACGAAGGCAGCUAGAGAGAUAGGGAUUCUAAUUCCAAUUGUUCUUUGGCAAGAGGGUAAUAUUACUAAAUUAACAAAGCCAGCUGAAUGACUGAUUCCUCCACCACCCUACCAACAAAUGUUUGAGCUGAGGUGGAAUAGGGCUAGAAAUUCAACAUGCCAUGUCAAGAAAUCCCAUGUCUGUUCUUCAUGUCGAGGUGGAACCUAAGCAUUCAGUCCUAGGUAUACCUCUUCAAAUUAUGGUAUGACCAUCUUAAAGCACAAACUUUAAAGAGCACUUCCCAUUUAUAAACUAACAAAAAAAAACCUCAAAAGAAUGCAGAUGUUGUCCGAUGGUUGGUCUGAGAGGUCGCCAGCUACCCCAAAAUCAAAAACAAUGUGCAACCUAAUAAGGACAGAAAUGUCUGUCAUUGAGAUUUGUACAAAGAUUGGAAUGAGCUCAUGAGAUGCCCAAGCAGCAGGACCGAGAACAAAAGAAAUUGAUCUGAAAUUGCAAUUAGGGAGGAGUGGCAGCUGGCCUAAGACUCGGGGCAACAGGAGCUGGUGUACAGAGCUGUUGGGUGAUACGGGAGGGGGAGGGGAAAGAGUCAAAACAUUUUUAAGAAAUUAGGUAAAACAAUGACUGCACAUUCUGGAUUAGUGGUGCUGGAAGAGCACAACAGUUCAGGCAGUAUCCAAGGAGCAGUAAAAUCGACGUUUCGGGCAAAAGCCCUUCAUCGGGAAUAAAGGCAGAGAACCUGAAGGGUGGAGAGAUAAGCUAGAGGAGGGUGGGGAGAAAGUAGC